CCAAGAACUUCGGACUUGGGAGGCCGGCAACAAACCUAAACAAGUUUACAUCUGCCGUUUCCGUUUCCAUGUAAUUGACUUGUGAACAAUUGUCUCCUGGGAGGCACUAAUCGGCUUCGGAACGUCGAGCUAUCAUUGACAACUUCUUUCCACGACAGUUUCAUCCUUUGGAACCCCCAUGCUGCGGUUACUCUGAGUUGGAGGUCUAUCGUUAACAACUGUCGAACCCGGUGGGGAUCGAGUCCGGCACCGCGGCAUUGGAAGACGGAGAGUGACACCAGAGAGAAACAAAUCGGACAACAUCGAGUUGCAAUCAUCAACCGUUCCGAGGAAAGCUGCCGCUGAUGGAGUGGGACAUCUGAUUCGCGGAAUUAGACGUUGUUACCUGUCUCGGUCAUGGCGGCGCAAUCGACGCUGCGGCACUCGGCCGCCGAGGAGGCCAUCGCCGCCUUCAUCGACAAGUACACCGACCUCAUCCGCACCAAGCUGCGCAGCACCUCCAGGACGACGCGCCUUCUCGCUACGCUGGCCCUCGCAACCUCCAUCAUCCUCGCCGCCGAGGGCACCCGUCGGCGGUGGAAGCGCAAGCGCGCCGAGAGGGAACAGGGUCUGAAGCUGGUGCGCACCAACUCGUGGCUGCACAACAAGGAUGGCUCCCGUACCAUCUACGUGCCUUACAAGGACGGCACCUCCAAGGUGGUCAUAAACUCGACGAAGCCGCUCACGUUUGAGGCGCAUCGGCGUCUAUUCCUGAACCCCCCACGCGUGUCUGGCUUGAGCGACGGACACGUCCCUUCGGCCCAGACUAAGCCCGGGCUCAACCUCGCCUUCCUUCACCAGUUCCUGAGCCUCAUGAGCAUCAUGAUUCCUAGGUGGACUAGCAAAGAGGCCGGUCUUCUGGUGAGCCACGGCGCCUUCCUGAUGCUGCGCACCUAUCUAUCCCUGGUUGUUGCGCGGCUUGACGGAGAGAUUGUGCGAGAUCUCGUGGCCGGGAACGGUAAGCUGUUCAUCUGGGGGCUUAUCAAGUGGUGCGGCCUGGGUGGCUUCGCUUCCUACACCAACGCCAUGAUCAAGUUUUUGGAGUCCAAGGUGUCAAUCGCCUUCCGCACUCGCCUUACCCGCUACAUCCACGACCUGUACCUAAACGAAAACCUCAACUAUUACAAACUUCACAACCUGGACGGCGGGGUUGGGCAGGGCGCCGACCAGUAUAUCACCCAGGACCUGACCCAGUUCUGCGCAGCAGCCGCAAACCUCUACUCAUCUCUCGGAAAGCCCUUUGUUGACAUUUGCGUCUUCAACUACCAACUGUAUCGCUCCCUUGGUCCGCUAGCUCUCACUGGCCUUCUAAGCAACUACUUCCUCACCGCCAGUAUCCUUCGGCGGCUAUCGCCGCCAUUUGGCAAACUAAAAGCCGUCGAGGGACGGAAAGAGGGCGACUUCCGCAGCUUGCACGCGCGCCUCAUUGCGAAUGCCGAGGAAGUUGCCUUUUACGGUGGUGCUGAGAUGGAAAAGACCUUCCUGAACAAAGAGUUCAAGUCUCUCAAGAACUGGAUGGAGGGGAUCUACAUGCUCAAGAUCCGGUACAACAUUCUCGAGGACUUUAUUCUCAAGUAUAGUUGGAGUGCCUACGGCUACCUUCUUUCGUCGCUUCCCGUCUUCCUCCCUGCCUGGGGUGGUCUCGGCGGUAUGACGGAGGUUGCGCAACACGUCGAGAAGGGCGGCAGGGAGCGGGCGCGCAUGAAGGACUUUAUCACUAACAAGCGGCUUAUGCUUUCGCUGGCUGACGCAGGCGGGCGGAUGAUGUACUCGCUGAAGGAUCUCUCAGAGCUGGCAGGCUACACUUCACGCGUAUAUACACUCAUCUCGACGCUGCAUAGGGUGCAUGCGAAUGCAUACUACGUCCGCGGGCGGGAAAAUGAGCUGUACUCCUUGUCGGAUGUCCAGGGCACGAUCCAGAAGGGCUUUGACGGCGUCCGGUUGGAGAACGUGCCUAUUGUGGCGCCUGCGCUGUGGCCGCAGGGGGGUGAAGAGCUGAUUGAGUCGCUCUCGAUGAUCAUCCGUCGGGGCGAUCACCUCUUGAUAUCCGGUCCCAACGGGGUGGGCAAGAGCGCCAUCGCGCGCGUCAUUGCGGGUCUCUGGCCCGUCUACCGCGGGCUCGUCAGCCGGCCGAAACACAACGGCGAGGACGGAAUCAUGUUCCUGCCGCAGCGACCCUACCUCAGCAUCGGCACCCUCCGCGACCAGGUCAUCUACCCGGACGGCGAAGCCGACAUGCGCGAGAAGCGCAAGAAUGAGUACGACCUGAAGCGCGCUCUCGACCAGGCCCGUCUGGGAUACCUCCCCGAGCGCGAGGGUGGCUGGGACACGCGCAAGGAGUGGAAGGACGUGCUGAGUGGUGGUGAGAAGCAGCGCUUGGCCAUUGCCAGGCUGCUGUACCACGAGCCGCAGUACGCGUUUAUUGACGAGGGGACGAGUGCUGUAUCUAGCGAUGUUGAGGGGUUGCUGUAUGAAACGUGCAAGGAGAAGGGGAUCAGUAAGUCGGGGGCGUUAGUUGUUGUCUUUCCUUAGGCUAACGCGCAGAUCAGCCCUCAUCACCAUCUCGACGCGGGCGUCGCUCAAGAAGUACCACACCUAC